GGGACUGAAAAAAUAUUGCUUUUUAGUAUAUAAGGAAAAGAAGCCAUCUCUCGUUUACUCAUACAAAGGCUAUAGUAAUCUCCAUGGCCAAUUUGGUGUUUUUCAUUUCUCUUAUUCUUCUUCCUCACAUCUCUUUAGCAAUCUCUUCCUGCAAUGGUCCAUGUCAAACUUUAGAUGAUUGUGAAGGCCAAUUGAUUUGUAUCAAUGGUGUGUGCAACGAUGAUCCCAACAUUGGCACUAACCAAUGUUCUGAUGGUGGAUCCUCUUCGUCUCCGAGUAGUGAUUGUCAAUCGAUUGGAAGCUUGAACUGCAAUGGAGAAUCCUUCCCGCAGUACCAGUGCUCACCUCCGGUGACUUCCUCAACCCAAGCUACUUUAACAAACAAUGAUUUUAGUGAAGGUGGAGAUGGUGGAGCUCCAUCAAAGUGCGAUGAGAGUUUUCACGAUAACUCUGAACUAAUUGUAGCACUAUCAACUGGUUGGUAUAAUGGGGGUUCAAGAUGUGGAAAGAUGAUUAGAAUCACCGCAACGAAUGGAAAUUCAGUAUUGGCUAAGGUAGUGGAUGAGUGUGACUCUGUCAAUGGAUGUGAUGCAGAGCAUGCUAAUCAGCCACCAUGUCGUAAUAAUAUUGUAGAUGGGUCUGAUGCGGUGUGGAGCACAUUAGGGUUAAAUAAAGACGUGGGCGAAGAAACUGUCACAUGGUCAGAUGCUUAAAGUGAAAACUAAUUAAAUCUCAUAUUUACUUUUAACAUUUAUAAGUGGCAUGGCAACAGAAAAUAUAGUUUUUCUAAAAAAGAAUAAUGAAUGUAUAGAAUGAAAAAAGUUUAUAAUUAAUAAAAUAUGGUAGCUAGGUUCUCCUUGGGGGCUUU